CAAACCCACGUUACUUUCAAAGGCUGCAGUGUUUGGGUUAGACAACCGAGAGCGGUUGUGGGUUUUUUGCACAUGUGUCUGCGCACGCUCCAAUGGAAUUCCACAGAACUUGUUCACCUGAGGAUGUUGCUUCUUUGGAAGUACUUAAAUUCCCAUGUGACAGGAUCAGUCACGUCAGUUGAGACUGCUUCAAAAGCACAGCUGUCGGGCAAACAGUCACACACAGCUCACUCAAGCUUAACCUUCAGCAGUACAGCUCGGGACAGUUCAGUCUUCAAAUUCAUCUUCAUUCACAUUCCUCUAUCAUCAUGCUCAUGACCGAAGACCUAGAGUGUGUGGUGUGCUGCUAUGAGUACUCUCACAGUGAUCGGGUCCCUCGGAUCCUGCACUGCAAACACACCUUCUGUGCUCCCUGCCUGGAGAAACUGUCCAGGCUGAAUGGCAUCGUCCGCACUGUCUCCUGCCCGCUGUGCCGCUGGGUUACUUGCACUCGGGCGAGCAUGACCCUGCCUGGAGCCCUGUGGGUCAACACUGAGAUCUGGGACCAGAUCGCAGAGCAGCAACAGAAGAGGACUUUAUCAGUGGAGGAUUUAAAUGACGCCAAUACUCAACUCGACAACAUGAAAAAGCCGGUUUGCAAACCGUCCGGUUUCAUGUCAGCAUUCCAAAAAAUGUUCAGCUGUGUGCCGCUGCAUUGAUGAGAGAGAGAGAGAGAGAGAGAGAGAGCUGCACAAUAUAACUGCACAAUAUCUCCUUUUCUUAUCCUUUACAUACCGGAGUCCUGCAAGACUUCUGCAGUUUUGCUGCAAAUCAACUGCAUGCGAUGGACAGAUAUUCCAAGUUGAAAAUAUUCCAAGCACGGCUGGGACCUCCACAUGGAGCAGGGGCCUGAAAUGCAUUGUGUGGAGUUUAGUGAGUGUUUUAAGUUCCAGGAUUAACUUUGACGAGCACUGUACUGAACAGAUCUGUGAAUUUUUUCUUUCUUUCUGUUUAGAAUGACAAGAGUUCAAUAUCAGCAAAUUCAGAACAACUCCACGUUGAAAUUCAUUGUGUGUGUGUGAGCUCAGGCUUUCCUGAGUCCUGAAUGUGAAUGUGUUGUAACUGUGAAGAACUUGUUCUGAUGUAACCACGGCGUUUUGCUGCAUAAUGGCUCUGGUUUCUUUUUUAAUGUAUUUUAACAUUUUCUGAGAUUCGGUGUGUGUGUGUGUGUAUUCAUGUUUUUUUAUUCUGUUUUUGUCAACACUCUUUAAGACUUUAAAGGAUCUGAGUUUUUUCAUUGUUUGCAAUGUGAAGGACGCUGUCUUAUGUUAUCUGAAUUCCUAAGCAUAAUGUAUUGAUUUAAAAAACCAUUGAUUACACUGUAAACCUCAAGUAAUUAAGAAGAGAGGUCAACGUUGAAGUGACAUGUUACUGAAGAUCAAUGUUUUUGUGUUUUUGUCACGGGGGUGGCUAGUGCUCUCAUAAAGAUAUUUUAAAAGUA